ACUUCGGGAUGCCCAUUCUGGGCCUCUGGCCUUUCCCGCCUCGCACUGCUGACCCCACCCUCUGGGUUGGAGGGCUCUAGGACCCAGCAGUUUAGGGAGGGUGGAGAUGGUGUAUGUAAGGGGGGGGAGUCCUUGCCUCUGGGUCCCGCCCCUCUUCCUCCCCCAUCCCAGUCUUUUCUUUCUACUUCCCUCCCUCUCCACUCUCCCCCUCCUCUUUCUCUUGUCUCCUUUCCUGUUCCCUCCCCAUGCCCCCCCCAGCUCCUCCCACUGCCGUGGUCACAUGGGGUCACCGCCGGAUUUAAGCUUAAUCUGCCUGCUGCUCAGCACAGCAGCCUGGCCUGGGGCCCCCCAGCCUGACCCAGUCUCGGAGCCCUGGAAGAGGGGGCCAGAGGGGAGCCCACCGCCUCCCCCUCAUGAACUUGGGGCUGGCAGAGUCCCUGGAGGCCCAGGUGGCACUGGAGACAGUUAUCCAGACGCUGGAGAGCAGUGUCCUGGGGCCGGGCCAGCAGAAGGGCCUGAGCACGUGGGACCCGGCCCCGGACUCCCCGUGCACCUGCCUGCCCGCCCGCAUCCGCGAGAUCGUCACUCAGCACCUCUCCCUGCCCGAGAGCCCAGCCCUGCCACCGGCCACAGAGAUGGCGUCGCUGCUGUCGCUGCAGGAGGAGAACCAGCUGUUGCAGCAGGAGCUGUCCCGCGUGGAGGACCUGCUGGCCCAGAGCCGGGCCGAGCGCGACGAGCUCGCCAUUAAGUACAACGCGGUCAGCGAGAGGCUGGAGCAGGCUGUGCGGCUGGAGUGUGGGGAGCCAGAGACGCAGGAGCCGCGGGGGCUGGUGCGGCAGAGCGUGGAGCUGCGGAGGCAGCUGCAGGAGGAGCAGGCCUCCUACCGGCGCAAGCUGCAGGCCUACCAGGAGGGCCAGCAGCGGCAGGCCCAGUUGGUGCAGCGGCUGCAGGCCAAGGACGCAGAGCACAACCAUGACCUGGAGAGCGCCCUCCUCCGCCUGGAGGAGGAGCAGCAGAGGAGCGCCAGCCUGGCACAGGUGAACGCCAUGCUCCGAGAGCAGCUGGAGCAGGCGGGCUCGGUCAACCAGACUCUGAGCGAGGACUUACGCAAGGUGACCGGCGACUGGACACGCAGCCGCCAGGAGCUGGAGCAGCGGGAGGCGGCGUGGAGGCGCGAGGAGGAGUCCUUCAACGCCUACUGCAGCAGCGAGCACAGCCGCCUGCUCGUGCUCUGGAGACAGGUGGUGGGCGUCCGGCGGCUGGUCAGCGAGGUGAAGAUGGGCACUGAGAGGGACCUGCUGCAGCUGGGAGGGGAGCUGGCCCGGACAUCGCGGGCCAUCCAGGAGGCGGGCCUGGGGCUGAGCGCCGGCCUGCGGCUGGCGGAGGACCAGGUCGAGGCAGCCCUGGAGAAGCAGCGGCUGCUGGAGGCCCAGCUGCAGGACAAGGUGCGGCGGGAGAAGGACCUGGCCCAGCUGCAGGUGCAGAGCGACCUCGACAAGGCUGACCUCAGUGCCAGAGUGGCAGAGCUGGCCCGGGCAGUGGACCACCUUCGGAGCCAGGGCGUGGAGAAGGACCAGGUCAACAAGGCCCUCACCGAGAGGCUGGAGGCCCUGGAAUCCCUGCGCCUACAGGAGCAGGCGGCCCUCGACACCGAGGACGGAGAGGGGCUGCAGCAGACCCUGAGGGACCUGGCACAGGCGGUCCUGUCGGACGCGGACAGUGGCGUCCAGCUAAGCGGCUCCGAGCGCACUACGGACGCGUCGGAUGGCAGCCUGAGGGGGCUCUCAGGCCCGCGCACCCCGUCCCCGCCGCGGCGCUCCUCGCCUGCCCGCGGCCGUUCCCCGCGUCGAGGCCCGUCCCCGGCCUGCUCCGACUCCUCCACGCUCGCGCUGAUCCACUCGGCCCUGCACAAGCGCCAGCUGCAGGUCCAGGACAUGCGCGGGCGCUACGAGGCGAGCCAGGACCUCCUGGGCGCCGUGCGCCAGCAGCUCAGCGACUGCGAGGGGGAGCGCCGCGCCCUGGAGGAGCAGCUGCGGCGCCUGCGGGAGGAGGCUGCGGGCGCCGCCCAGGCGCGGGAGGACGCCCAGCGCGAGGCGCAGCGGCUGCGGAGCGCCGGCGACCUCCUGAGCAGGGAGAAGGACAGCCUGGCCCACAGCCUGCAGGAGGCCCAGCAGCGGGCCGAGGAGCUCCGGCAGGAGCUGGAGAAGCGGCAGGCGGCCCAGGAGGAGCUGCAGCGCCAGCGGGACCGGCUGGAAGAAGAGCAGGAGGACUCGGUGCAGGCCGGGGCCCGGGCGCGCAGGGAGCUGGAGCGCAGCCACAAGCAGCUGGAGCAGCUGGAGGUGAAGCGCUCGGGGCUGGCGAAGGAGCUGGUGGAGGUGCGGGAGGCGCUGAGCUGCGCCGCGCUGCAGCGGGACGUGCUGCAGGCUGAGAAGGCCGAGGUGGCCCAGGCGCUGACCAAGGCUGAAGCCGGCCGAGUGGAGCUGGAGCUCGCCAUGACCAAGCUGAGGGCGGAGGAGGCCUCUCUGCGGGACUCCUUGUCCAAGCUGAGUGCCCUCAACGAGAGCCUCGCGCAAGACAAGCUGGGGCUGAACCGCCUCAUUGCCCAGCUAGAGGAGGAAAAGACGGCCCUGCUGGGCCGGCAGCGGCAGGUGGAGCAGGAGGCCGCCUUGGCGCUGGGCGAGCAGGGCCGGCUGGAGCAGCUGCGGCUGGAGCAGGAGGUGGAGCGGCAGGGCCUGGAGGGCUCCCUGCGGGCGGCGGAGCAGGCUCGGGAGGCGCUGGAGCAGCAGCUGCCCGCGCUGCGCCAGGAACGCAGUCAGCUGCAGGAGCAGCUGGCCCAGGUCUCCCGGCAGCUGAGUGGACGGGAGCAGGAGCUGGAGCAGGCCCGGCAGGAGUCGCAGCGGCAGGUGGAGGCGCUGGAACGGGCAGCCCGGGAGAAGGAGGCGCUGGCCAAGGAGCGGGCCAGCCUGGCCGUGCAGCUGGCCGCAGCGGAGCGGGAAGGCCGGAGCCUGUCAGAGGAGGCCACCCGCCUGCGCCUGGAGAAGGAAGCCCUGGAGAGCAGUCUGUUCGAGGUGCAGCGGCAGCUGGCCCAGCUCGAGGCCCGCCGAGAGCAGCUGGAGGCUGAUGGGCAGGCCCUGCUGGUGGCCAAGGAGACCCUGACUG